CUGUCAGCCGAACUCCGCAACGGUUGGUCGACCCCAUCCCCUUUUCCACGGCGCAUUGCUAAUGCGAUCGGAGGAACUCGACGUGGCAUCGCGUCUUCUCCAUAACGCCAUCAUUGAUAUAAAACCCAAGCCAGCCCAUAGCUUGGCCAUAUCUGAUGUUUCUCAUCUUUCUCAACACUGCAACAAUACCCUAUCCACAACAUUUCUCACCCAACAGACUCCAACCUUCAUCAUGUCCGACAAGCCCUUCCCUCAGCAGCCCCAGCUGCACACCACGGCCGAGUUUCGCGCUGCGGUGCUGACUUAUCCUGGGAAUUUCCGCGAAGCUAUCCGUCAGGCCGGGGAGGAUCCCAAGAAGACGCUGCUGGGUGUCGCUCAGGGCAUCCCCAGCGUCUUUCUCACAAAGGUCAUGGCCUCGGCCAAGCCCGACUUCAUCUGGAUGGACGUUGAGCACGCCGUCUUUGACCGCUCGACCCUCUACGACUGCAUCCAUGCCGCCCAACACCACUCCGAAGGCAAGACGAUGGUCGUCUGCCGCAUCCCCAAGCACGAUGAGAUCAGCCUGACCACCGCCCUCGACGCCGGUGCCGCCGGUCUCGUGAUCCCCCACACCGAAACGGCCCAGGACAUCCGAGACAAAGUUAAGGACGCCUUCUACCCCCCCAUCGGCCAACGCUCCUUCAGCCCGUGGACCUUCACUCCCGGUAUCUCCAACCAGUCGCUCUACGCGAACGAUGAGUGGAACAUGAAGAACUCGAACAACCACAUCUGCAUUAUCGCGCAGAUCGAGAGCGUCAAGGGCUUGGAGAACAUCGAGGAGAUCGCGGCCAUGCCCGAGGUCGACGCGCUCAUGUUCGGCCCCGGCGACUUCAGCGCCGACGCUGGCAUCAACUUCACCCUCAGCGCCCCGCCCCCGCAGGAAUUCCUGGAUGCCAUGGGCAAGUUUGUGGCCACGGCCCACAAGUAUAACAAGCCGCUGUUUGGUGCUGCGCAAGGCCCGGCCAUGAUUCCGAUCUUGCUUCAGCAGGGCUACAAGGCCCUGGCCGUGGCGUUUGACGUUUGGGGAGUGGCGAAUAUGGUAAAGGAUGGGAUGAACGAGGCACGGGCCGUGAUUGAGAAGGACGUCGAUGCUCAGGCUGCUAAGGCUGCUGAAGGCACUGUUGAGGUGGCGAAUGGUAAUGGGAAAGCUCCUUCGUCGUAAAGCUAGAGACGAGAGAAGUGAUAGAAGAUAAUACCCCCUCAGCUCGGUUGUAGGACUACACGAAGAAACGGAAGCGUUGUAACACACUCAAGUUCUAUAAAGCAGACCAUUUUCACACAUUCCCACGGGCAUGGAAUGCAUUAGAGACCACUCAUGGCAUUUGGAACACCCCUUUCGGGCGCUAGGUAGUUUAAUACCAACAGAUUUGAGUGUC